AUGGAUGCAGCUGAAUAUAGUAUCCCACCGCUGGAUCCUAGCGGCGAUCCGAUGAUAGUUGCUGAGGAAUCUCUUGAGUCAAGCAAAAAGAGGAAACUGCGAGCUGAAGAAUCAGACUUGUUACCCUUACCGAAACACUUUUGUCUGGAGCAACAAGCUUCUCUUCCUGAUUCUUCAUGUCCAUCAUCAGACGUAGACACUGCAGAAUGCUCUUAUGCUAUGGAAGACACAAAAACCGGCGAUGAGAGCUCUUCUUCUGCAUCUGUCACAGGGGCUUAUUCGUACAUGUUUAAAGACUCUUGUUAUUCAACCGGUAGCUCAAGUUCAGGUUCUGCUAUAUCAAGCAUAGACCAAUACUGCAGUUCCAAAUUUUAUGACAAAACACAAGAAGAUGUCGAAGACUUUUCUCACAUGGACUUCAUUUGUCCCGAGUCUGCGGUUGAAGAGGUUCUGAAUCCUGUUGGGACUUACGUUCUUUCUUCUGCGAGAUGGAGUGUUAGCAACCAAGAUUCCGAAGAAGCCACCACGAAACCAACCAUUGAUCAAGAGUUUGAACAAUACUUUUCAGAACUUAUGAUGUAA